CAGCGGGGCCGUGCCGGGCGGGGCGAUGGCGGGGCCCGGCGGCGCGGCGCGGGGCCGGUUCGCCGUGGUGGGCGGCGGCAUCGCGGGGGUCACCUGCGCCGAGAAGCUGGCUGCAGAAUUCCCAUCAGAAGACAUUUUUUUAGUGACAGCUUCCCCAGUUAUAAAAGCUGUAACUAAUUUCAAGCAGGUCUCCAAAACACUUGAGGAAUUUGAUGUUGAAGAGCAACCAAGUUCCCUAUUAGAAAAACGAUAUCCCAAUAUUAGAGUUAUACAGUCUGGAGUAAAACAGUUGAAAAGUGAUGAACAUAAAAUUUACACUGAAGAUGGGAAAGAAUAUAUAUAUGAAAAACUUUGCCUGUGUGCUGGAGCCAAACCAAAAUUAAUUGUUGAAGGGAACCCAUAUGUAUUAGGAAUCCGGGACACUGACAGUGCACAGGCUUUUCAGAAGAAUUUGGCUCAAGCUGAGAGAAUAGUGGUGGUAGGAAAUGGUGGGAUUGCCCUUGAAUUAGUGUAUGAAAUUCAAGGCUGUGAAGUAAUCUGGGCUAUCAAAGACAAAGCCAUUGGGAAUACAUUCUUCGAUGCAGGAGCAGCUGAAUUCCUCCUUCCGAAGCUCACUGCUGAAGGCCAAGAGACUCCAAUUGAGUGUAAAAGAACCAAGUACACAGUGGAAGGAAGUGAGGAGAAAGGAAGACCUACAGGAGCAUCUGACAAGCUGGGCAGUGCCUUAGGCCCUGACUGGCACGAGGGCUUACACCUUAAAGGGACUAAGGAGUUUUCUCAUAAAGUGCAUAUUGAAAAACUGUGUGAAGUAAAGAAAAUACACUUACAGCAAGAUUUUAUCCAACUGCAGCGGACUUCCUUGACUUUUCCUAAAGGAGAGAAAAAUGUAGGAGAUGAGGUGCUGUGGCCUGUAUAUGUGGAAUUAACUAAUGGAAAAAUUUAUGGAUGCAAUUUCAUUGUCAGUGCAACUGGGGUUGUGCCAAAUGUUGAACCAUUUCUGGAUGGCAAUAAUUUUGCUGUGGGUGAAGAUGGAGGACUGAAGGUAGACAAGCACAUGCACACGUCGCUGCCAGAUGUGUUUGCAGCUGGAGAUAUCUGCACAGCAGCAUGGGAGCCCAGCCCCGUGUGGCACCAGAUGAGGCUGUGGACCCAAGCUCGGCAGAUGGGAUGGUAUGCAGCAAAGUGCAUGGCAGCAGAUGCUUUAGGGGAAUCUAUUGAUAUGGAUUUCAGCUUUGAACUAUUUGCUCACAUUACAAAAUUUUUCAAUUACAAGGUGGUGGUUUUGGGAAGGUACAAUGCCCAGGGCUUGGGCUCAGACCACGAGCUGAUGCUGAGAUGUACCAAGGGCCACGAGUACGUGAAAGUGGUGAUGCAGAACGGCCGAAUGAUGGGAGCUGUGCUCAUUGGUGAAACGGACUUGGAAGAAACCUUUGAAAACUUAAUUCUAAAUCAAAUGGAUCUUUCAGCUUACGGUGAAGAUCUCCUAAAUCCAGAUAUUGAUAUAGAAGACUAUUUUGAUUGAACAAUGCCCCCAUUCCCAUUUUGUAUGAAGCUUUGAUACCAAGUCAUACAUCUUAGAAAACUGUUUUCUCAGGAUUACCAGAAAUGAGGGAUAAAUGCAAUCCUCUAUUAAGAUUUUGGGUUGAUCUUGCCAAAAUACUGACUGGUUACUGCCACUGGUACCAGCUGAUGGUACAGUCUCUGUCGAGCUGGCUCAGAUGAACAGAGAACAGUUUUUAGGGCACAGGGUGCUCAGAGCUCUUGCUACCUGGAAUGUGGGCUGCAAAUAUAUGGCCUUACUCAG